AUGUUGACCAAAUUUUUAGACCACUUCCGACCGGCCAAAGAGGCAUCACAGCCACCAGAAUUCCAGGAUGAAGUGGAAUCGGAGCUGGAAAAGGAGCUGGAAUCGCACGAGGAGGAUGACGACGGUGACGAUGAUACCGGCCAUCCUCGCUGCGAUUGGGAAACUAUCGACGCAAUCCCAGAGAGCCGAUAUAUAGACCUUGUAUCGCGCACCUGCACCUUCUCAGGCCCCCUGAAAGAAGCCCGGUGCCUCGCCUACAAGAGAGGCACCUUCAACGCAGUCUCCUAUGUCGGUGUACUAUCGCGUGGCAGAGUCGACCUAUACAUCGUCCGUGUACCUGGUCAUGCCACAGUCAAUCACUGGACAGCACAAGACAAGUAUAUGAUGCAGCGUGAAGUAGAAACCAUCGAGUACAUGAACAGGUACACAUCAGCUCCCGUGCCACAAGUAUGCACGUACUCGGGCGACUUUACCAACAUCCUUGGUCACCCCUUCAUCAUGAUGACCCACCUCCCCGGCAAGAGCGCGCAUAGGAUCUGGUUCGAUGAAGAGUACGACGACGACCCCGACACGAACUUCCGCCUCGGGGACCUCCCAUCUCCUGCGGUCGAGAAGAAACGCAUCACAUUCCUCCGCUCCCUCGCGAAGGCCAUGGCCGAGAUCAACACUCUGUCUUUCAACGAGACAGGCAUGCCUAUCAUCCCGCUAGACGGCUCAGUAGCCCCAUCGAUCGGUGCACAGUAUCAGUGGGACAACUCCGGCAGCAACGAUUACAUAGAGCGUCCAGUCUGCGCCUCUACACCGGACUACGUGCGCGCUCGACCCAGCUCGAUGCGCAUGCUUGACGCGCUCAUCGCGGACACCAAGACGCAGAAUUACAUCCUUGGCGCGCGCAAAGUGCUGGACAUGAUCUUCGCCCAGCCCGUUUUCAAUCCCUCCGAGUGCAAGGAGACGUUUACUCUGCACCACUCCGACCUGGAUCUGCAGAACAUCCUCGUCGACGAUGAGGGUAACGUGACCGGCAUCAUUGACUGGGACCGCUGCGCCACUGUCCCACGUUGUGUCGGCGCGGCGUCUGCACCGCUGUUUCUGCAGAAGGAUUGGAUGCCGGCGUACCUUAACAACCUCGAGACAGCGCCACACCUGGGAUUCACAACGCAUCGUUAUCGCCAGAUCUACGCUGCCGCGCUUGCAGAACAGGGCUGUGAGGAUGCGAAGUUCACGACGAAGAGCGCAAUGUACCAGGCAGCUGCCAUAGCGCUGUAUGACCGCGAUUGCGGCGACAUCGACGACUUCCUGGGGAAGGUGUUGCGUUGCGUCCCAGAGUUUCGCGGCAAUGUGAAGGAGACCACCCGGGCUUUUGGGAUGGGGUGGCCGGCUGGUGAGCGCCUGUUGCAACGCCAUCUGAAGCAAAUCUUUGAGCCGGAGAUGCCGGACUCGAAUGUGCUUGCGGAGGCUGAGGCUGAUAUUGCUGCGAUGGAAUGGAUGAUUGGAUUUGAGUAUGCGAUCGAGGAUGUGUGCAAUAUUGAUGAUGGUUGCUGUAGUCUCCCUAGCGAUAGGUAA